UGUAUAGCAAUUCAAAGAUUAAAAGAUCUGAAAGUUCCAGAGAAUGAACCUAUAGAAUUUUCUGAACAUCAUAGUCAAAAAGAAAUUCAUGCAUAUAGUAGUGCAAAUGACAAACUAUUACCAGAAGCAUUUCUAGAACUACUAUCAGAAACACUAUCUGAAUUAUCACCUGAAGUACUACCUGAAACACUACCUGAAGUAUUAUCUGAAACACUACCUAAAACACUAUCUGAAAUAUUUCCUAAACUAUUGCAAAAACUAUUGCAAAGACAAUCAUCAAAACUAUUGCAAUAA